UACGGGGUAGCCGCAUGCGGGCCUAGCUGGCCUGGUCGCCGUGUGGGGUACAGCCUCAGGACAGUGCCACCAGCUAGCUAGGGCGCUCGCGGCUCAUCUUUGAGGUGCAUAAGUGGUGCUUUCUUCUGCCUUCAAAAUUGAGUAGAGAAUCAGCUUCUCAGUUGUUCGGGGCCAGGGUUUCUGGAGUAUUGAUCAAUAAGCAGCAUGGCGGAUCCGGAGCCAGCGAAAGGUCUCCUCCCCUAUCUUCAACGAGCCGACGAGCUGCAAAAGCAUGAUCCUCUCAUAUCUUACUACUGUCGCAUGUAUGCAGUGGACAAGGGCAUCAAGAUCCCAAAGGCACAGCGGACACAGACCACCAAUGACCUGCUCAAGUCGAUUCUAAUCCAGCUAGAAAAGGACAAGAAGGCGGUCAAGUUGAACGAGCAGGACGACCCCAUGUAUGUCGAGGGCUUUGCGCUUAACGUGUUUGCCAAGGCAGACAAGCAGGACCGGGCGGGGAAAGCUGACUUGAACACGGCCAAGACCUUCUAUGCUGCCAGCAUCUUCUUUGACAUGCUGCGGCAGUUUGGGGAGCUGCACCCCGACAUCGCUGAGAAGCAGAAGUACGCCGUAUGGAAAGCGGCAGACAUCCGCGCAGCGUUGAGAGACGGGCGCAAACCGAUGGCCGGCCCUCCGGGGGGUGAUGCGACCAUGGACCAAGAUGAUUCGUUGGCCUCCAGCCAGGCCCCCUCUUUGGACCGCCCCGUCUCCUUCAGCGACAACCUCCCGUCCAUCCCCCCUCCGCAACCCCCCUCCGAGGCCUUCAACGGCUUCAGCUUAUCGCACCCCCCCCCGGAGCAAAGCGGGGGGCCCCACGACCAGCCUCCCUUCCCUGGAAUGCGCACCGGAGGACCCCCCCCUCAGGGUCCCCCCCCCGGGGGCCUUUCCUACCCCUCCUUUGACUCGUUCAAGCACUCCUUCCACAACCCCCUGGGGGGCAACUUCGGGCAGAGACCGCAGCCUCACGAACCCCCCUCAGCGCCGGACAUGGGACCGCGCCCCCCCCCGAGGGUCUUCCCAGGAGGGGAUCCCUCCGCACCCAGCUUUCACAACCCCUUGGGGGGCAACUUCGCACAGAAACCGCAGCACGGGUAUGGUGGCCCGCCGCCACCGGGGGGGGCUGGAUACCAGGUGCCACCGCCCCCUGCUAGCAGCUCUGGCUAUCCGAGCAUCCCCCCACGAAACUCGACCCCUCCUCCGGUUUUGCCGUCGGUUCCGUCAAGAGCUCCGCAGCCUGUGGGAGGGGGGCAGAGUUACUUCAGUGGGGUGCAGAUGCCGAACCCCGUCCCGGGGUACACCCCGACGCCCGACAGAGUGUUGGAAGCCCAAAAGCUCGGAAGGUUUGCGGUCAGCGCGCUAGGAUUCGAUGAUGUGCAGCCAGCGAUUAAGUACCUGACGCAAGCGCUGACGCUCUUGAUGGUGCCCAAUGCGGACAUAGGAGAGAUAAAGUAGAACUAUUGUCAUCUUCAAGUGGGCACUCCGGUAGAUAGUCCACCAAAACUUGCACAGUUGCUGGCGGUUUUAAACCCUUUGCUGUACAGACGGUCAGUAUUUGGCCGGCCUAUGUGAGAUUGCAACUGAGUGUAGGAAGGUGGAUCGACUUUCUAAUACCCCUUGUGUUACAAUCAAGGCAAUGAACUCAGAUAAGUCCCUGGUGAGCCAUGUACUCGCGACCCGCAUUCUUUUGACACCUAAUGGUGUGAGGAUUUA